GUGAGGGGAGGGCGGGGGGAGGGGAUGGGAUCCCGGCCCUGCCUCGGGCACCGACACCUCCCGCCCGUCCAGAGGGCCAAGAUGUCCAAGGUGGCCAAGUACCGGCGCCAGGUCAGCGAGGACCCGGACAUCGACAACCUGCUGUCCACGCUGUCCCCGGAGGAGAUGGAGGAGCUGGAGAAGGAGCUGGACGUGGUGGACACCGAGGGGAGCGGCCCCGCCGAGAAGAACCAAGCGGAAAACUCCUCCCCCGGCCCCCAAAACUGUGACCCGGAGCUGAACCACCAUGGCAGGGAGCCCAGGAGGGUCCUGCGCAGGGAGCAGGCCGUGGAUGAAACCAAGCUGAGCGAGAGCAAAGGAGACAAAAAUGAAGAAGAAAAGGGAAAGGAAACUCCCCCCAAAGACCUGGCCCAGAAACGAGACCCCAAAGUGGACAAAGACUCCAAAAAGGAGGAAAGUGUUCAGAAAACAGAGCCCAAAGGUAAAGCUGAGCCUGAGCCCAAGAGCAAAGAGAACAAAGCCAUGAACGAUAAAGUGAAGGCCAUGGAGAAAAAGCUGAUGGGGAAGGACAAGAAGGAGGAAGAGAAGGGCUCAGUGCUGAAGGACACGGGGAAGGACCACAAGGAGGAAGAGAAGAGUUCAGCGUUGAAGAAGGAGGCAGGGAAGGAUAAAAAGGAGGAGAAGGGCUCAUAUGUAAAGAAUAAGGAUGCAGGGAAGGAGAAAAAGGAAGAAGAAAAGGGCUCAGCAGCAAAGGAUACAGGGAAGGACAAAAAGGAAGAAAAGGUUUCAGCAUCCAAGAAGGACACAGGGAAGGACAAAAAGGAGGAGGAGAAGAGCUCAGAACCAAAGGGACAGGCGGAGAAAGCCACGGGAGGGGAAGGGGAUAAAGACAAAGAAAAAAAAGAAGAGGAAAAGGGUUCAGCUGGGAAAACAACCAGGGUGGAGGAGAAGGAGAAACCCCGGGCAGAGGCAGAAAAGGCGGCAGUGGAGAAGCGGGAGGGCAAGGCGGGACCCCCCAAAGCCACGGAGCCGCCCAAGGAGGACGAGGCCUCGAGCAUCUUCGACGAGCUCAUCGAGAAGGUGAAGAACAACGACGCCGAGGUGACCGAGGUGAACGUCAACAACUCCGACUGCAUCAACAACGAGACUCUGGUGCGCUUCACCGAGGCCCUGGAAUUCAACACCGUGGUCAAGGUAUUCGCCCUGGCCAACACCCGCGCUGACGACCACGUGGCCUUCGCCAUCUCCAUCAUGCUCAAGUCCAACAAGGUGCUGACCAGCAUCAACCUGGACUCCAACCACAUCACGGGCAAGGGCAUCCUGGCCAUCUUCCGAGCGCUGCUGCAGAACGACACCCUGACCGAGCUGCGCUUCCACAACCAGCGGCACAUCUGCGGCGGCAAGACUGAGAUGGAGAUCGCCAAGCUGCUCAAGGAGAACACCACCCUGCUCAAGCUGGGCUACCACUUCGAGCUGGCGGGGCCGCGCAUGACCGUCACCAACCUGCUGAGCCGCAACAUGGACCGGCAGCGGCAGCGGCGCCUGCAGGAGCAGAAGCUGGCGCAGGAGAGGGGCGAGAAGAAGGACCUGCUGCAAGUGCCCAAGGCCGGGGCGCCACCCAAGGGGUCCCCCAAGGCGUCCCCACAGCCGUCACCCAAGACCUCCCCCAAGACCUCCCCCAAGGCAGGGGGGGCCCCCGCGGCGCCGCCCCCGCCACCCCCUCCGCUCGCCCCACCCCUGAUCAACGAGAACCUGCGGAACUCGCUGUCCCCAGCCACGCAGAGGAAGUUGGGGGACCGGGCGCUGCCGGCGCAGGAGAAGAACUCGCGGGACCAGCUCCUGGCAGCCAUUCGCUCCAGCAACCUCAAACAGCUCAAGAAGGUGGAGCUGCCGAAGCUGCUGCAAUAGGGGAGGGGGGGGUGUCCCCCCACGGCCCCCGCGGGACCCUCGGACCCUCCCCCUCCUCCAGACUGUUCCCAUGGCGAGCCCUCGGGGUCCUGCGGUGACGACGGGGGGAGCAGGGACCCCGCGGGGCCGCGCGGGCGGGGCCGGGCCCGGUGGGGUGCGGCGCAGGACGUUGUGUUUAUUUUUUGGGACGGCUGGGAAGCCCUUCCGGCUCUUCCUUCUGCCAGCAGCACCCGGAGAUGCCACGGGCAGGGCUGGUCCUUAGGGAACACCCCCUAAGGUUGGCACCCUCCACGAAGGGGCCAGCAGGGAGAACCCCCGGCUGUGGGGGCACAGGGGACACCCAGGGUGCUGUCACAUCCCUUUGGGGGGCACAGGGGACACCCAGGGUGUUGUCAUGUCCCUUUGGGGGGCACAGGGGACACCCAGGGCAUUGUCACAUCCCUUUUGGGGGCACAGGGGACACCCAGGGCGUUGUCACAUCCCCAUGAGGUCUCUGGGUGGCCGGGGGAGUUUUGGGGUCUGGGCACAGCAGUGGCUGCGGGGUCUGGGGAGGAA